AGGGAGGAGAAGAGAUGAUGUAAAAACUGAAAUACAAUCUGGCUGAAUCGCCCCUCCUCAACACUUCGCUCACGUGUGUGUGCACGCCCGUAAACACACAGAGCAGCCGUCUCGCUCACACACAACCUGUCGUCUCCCGUUCGGCUCGGAAGCAUCACUUCAUGUGAGAGCUGGCAUGACCUGAAGGCAGGUUUACGGGGAUUUUAGUGCGCAAAUUCUUCCUGUUUCACUCACAUGAAGCCAGUGUUGUGGUCCGUGUGCAGGAGUGGAUGACGCCUGUUGAUCUGCCCAUAGAUGCGGCGCUGGUGCAAGGUAAGAGGAAGGGGGACUCCUAUGUCAGAGUUUUAGGAUGGCCAGUGAAGGCUCCACUCUUCCCAGCCCAGUGGUCCGCCAGAUUGACAAGCAGUUCCUGAUCUGCAGCAUAUGUCUGGACCGCUACGAAAACCCCAAAGUACUGCCCUGCCUGCACACCUUCUGUGAGGGGUGUUUGCAGAAUUACAUCCCAGCCCACAGUCUCACACUCUCGUGCCCCGUGUGCCGCCAGACCUCGAUCCUGCCGGAGAAGGGUGUGGCGGCAUUGCAGAAUAACUUCUUCAUCACCAACCUGAUGGACGUGCUGCAACGGACGCCCGACAACUGCAGCCAAGAGGCCGCUACUCUCAACAACAUCACCACCGUGGCUACAGGCCAACUGCUCUCCUGCCCCAACCAUGGAGGCAACGUCAUGGAGUUUUACUGUCCGCCUUGUGAGACGGCCAUGUGUCAGGAGUGUACAAGUGGCGAACAUGGAGAACACCCAACUGUGCCUCUUAAAGACGUAGUUGAACAACACAAGGCUUCGUUACAGGACCAACUAGACUCUGUCAAGAAGAGAUUGCCAGAGAUUGACUCAGCCCUGCAGACGCUGUCAGAGAUCCUGCAGCAGCUGACCAAUCGAAAGAGCUCCAUUGAGGAUGACAUCCAUACAACCUUUGACGAGCUACAGAAGACUCUGAAUGUCCGCAAGAGCGUUUUACUUAUGGAGCUGGAGGUCAACUAUGGCCUCAAGCAGAAGGUGCUCCAAGCCCAGUUGGACACCCUUCUGCAGGGUCAGGAGGGCAUCAACAGCAGUUGUAACUUCACAGAGCAGGCGCUGAGCCACGGCACCGAGGCCGAGGUGCUGCUGGUCAAGAAACAGAUGAGUGAACGUCUCAUGGAGCUUGCCAGCCAGGAGCUUCCCCUGCAGCCCGGAGAGAAUGACCAGCUGGACUUCCUCGUGGAGACAGAUGGACUAAAGAAGUCCAUUCACAACCUGGGCACUAUCGUUACGACGAACGCCGUGGCCUCUGAGACUGUGGCAACUGGUGAGGGGCUGCGGCAUUGUGUGGUGGGUGUGCCCACCUCCAUCACUAUAACCACUAAGGACAAAGACAAAGAGCUGUGCAAGAUGGGUAACGCAGUUAUCACUGCUGAAAUCUCCUUUGCUGAUGGAAGCAAAGGUGAAGGAGAGAUACUGGACAACAAGAAUGGCACAUACGAGUACCUGUUCACAGCUCCUAAAGAGGGGACUUUUAAUUUAUCGCUGCGUCUAUAUGACCAACAUAUCAAAGGAAGCCCCUUUAAGAUAAAGGUCACCAAGGCCAUAGAUGUGUCGCCAACUUCAGAUGGCAUGAAGAAGCGGCUGAAGUCACCGGGCAGCAGUCACGUCAAGCAGAAGGCCAUCAAGAGGCCGGCCAGUAUGUACAGCACAGGGAGGAGGAAAGAGAACCCCAUCGAGGACGACCUCAUCUUCAGAAUCGGCACAAAAGGAAGAAACAAAGGGGAGUUCACGAAUCUGCAGGGAGUGGCUGCCUCCUCUUUGGGCAAGGUGCUGAUAGCAGACAGCAACAACCAGUGUGUCCAGAUUUUCUCAAACGACGGUCAGUUCAAAAGCCGCUUUGGUGUCCGCGGCAGGACCCCGGGGCAGCUGCAACGGCCGACGGGCGUGGCCGUCCACCCCAACGGUGAUAUCAUCAUUGCCGACUAUGACAACAAAUGGGUCAGCAUCUUUUCAAGUGAAGGCAAGUUUAAGAACAAGAUUGGCUCAGGGAAGCUGAUGGGCCCCAAAGGCGUGUCGGUGGACAGAAACGGCCACAUCAUCGUCGUCGAUAACAAGUCCUGCUGCGUCUUCAUCUUUCAGCUCAACGGCAAGCUGGUCACCAAGUUUGGUAACCGAGGCAACGGUGACAGACAGUUUGCAGGUACACUCAAUGGCCCUCACUUUGCUGCUGUCAACAACAACAAUGAGAUCAUUGUGACAGAUUUCCACAACCACUCAGUCAAGGUGUUCAACACAGAAGGAGAAUUCUUGCUGAAGUUCGGCUCUAACGGUGAAGGCAACGGCCAGUUCAACGCCCCCACGGGGGUGGCAGUGGAUGUGAAUGGAAACAUCAUCGUGGCAGACUGGGGAAACAGCAGGAUACAGGUGUUUGAUGGCAGCGGUUCGUUCCUGUCCUACAUUAACACAUCAGCAGACCCGUUGUAUGGCCCGCAGGGACUCGCCCUCACCUCCGACGGACACGUCGUGGUUGCAGACUCUGGCAACCACUGCUUCAAAAUCUACCGCUACCUGCAGUAGCGGCUCUUUCUCCCUCGGCACACGAACUGAAACUGUGCAGUGUGUGUGUGUGUUAACACUCUCAUAUACUGAUGAGUACAGAGCGACCGGCAGACUUGCACUCAUCUGCGCACCCGUUCACCUUUGCAUGCUGUCGUCGUGCCAUCUGUUCAACUGGUCUCCACCUGCGGCAUCACCUCUGACACUGAAGACAACGCAGUGGGUUAUUUAUAGCUCGAGUGUGAGGAUCUGUGAUGAUUCACAGACCGCUGCUGCUGAUUGGUUCUUUGAUUAGGCGCCCACAACCUCGUUCACAUUCCAUCUUGACUGAGCUGAUUUGGAAAAUAAAACUUUAGUACUGUACAUAUGUUAGAUAUUUGAUUUUUUUGUGAUGUGGCGGGAAAACUGGAAAAUAAUUCUGUUGCACUUGUUCCUAUAAAUACUGGUUGGACACUGUGUUAAGUAAAUAAGUACGUUAGCCACUUGAGAAAUAAUGGGGAUUCUAUUUAUAGUUCCAGUACGAGCAGCUUCCUGUUAAAUGCUCUGAACAGCCCUCACAUUUUGCCUGUUCACUAUAAAUGAAAAAUCUUCCACCUAAUAUAGGUAGCAGGGUAUUUUAGAGCAUGAUUAAGCAUCUCUGUGCAUGCUGUUUUUACUAUUAAACACCAGAAAAGCUGCUGUGUACUACAUAGAAAUCUAUUUCAGGCUGAUACUUAACUACAUCACCGAAAAGAAACUUUAAAUCUAAGCACUGCUUCAACAAUACUUCUGCCUCUAUGUGAAAAUGACAAGUCAGUGUCUUGUGUCUUCACUUUGAUAGCAUGUUGAUAGCUUCCGCUUAAUUGGUUUUACAAAAACACGCCCUGUGUUUGUGUGUGCAAGACAAGUGUGCGUGUGAAGGUAACGAACAGAAGCCACAUGAUGUAUUGACCUGCAGUAUAAUCAGCUGUGUGUGUGUGUGUGUGUGUGCACGUGUGUGAGUUUGGGUGUGUUGUGUAUGAAGCCUCUUGACAUUUUUCGUCUUACAAUAUGCUGUGUUUACGUGCAAACAUCUUGCAGUUUGUUGCAGAAUUGGAGCAAAUGGCCACAAAGCUGAGAAUAAACUCAGUGAAAGGGUUUGUUUAUCAAUCUAACAGCACCAGGCACAGAGCUGCAGAACUGGGAUCACCUUCACUCCUUAACAUGUGUUUUCAAAAAAAUCUGUAGAAAUACUAACGACUUGUAUUUUAGGAAAACAAUAUUGUAUGUCCUCCAAAAAAAAAAAAGAUACGAUAUGUUGUUCAACAGGUGUACUUAGGUUAAUAAAUGCACUAUGCUCCUAUUAGAAAGCCUUAGUCAAAAUCUGUCUUUAAGCACACUGUUUUCAUUACUUGUUAUCCUGAAUUUGGUCAUUCAUUUUCUACACGAUCCUUUUAAAUUAUUUGUUUUCCAUUGUAUUGUUUAUAUUUGUAAUGCCAAAUGGAAUUAAAGUGCCCACAGGAAAAAAAAA